UUGUAAUGAACAGAUAUACGGAAAGACCUACGCUGGUAUAGAAAAAAAAAAGAAAACAAACAGAGAAUGAAUUGGCAAUGGUUAUUGCUAUUUCUAACAUGCCACACACUUAUAAAUGCAGUUGAAAAUAAGGAAGUCGUCGCACAGAUAAAUACAAAGAGAUUAAUUCAUUAUGUUCCUGACAGAUUCUUAAGUAUGACAAUUGAUCCAACAUCACUGUUUCUCGCAGGAACUUUAGAGCAAAAAGCUCUAAAAAUGGCCCGUGGACUUUAUCCUAGUUUUGUGAGGCUUGGAGGAAAAGCAACAAACUAUUUGAAGUUUGGAAAAGAACUCUUUGUGGAUAAUAAUACAAUUACUGAGGAUCAGUGGGAUGGAGUUAAUCACUUUGUCGAGGAUGCCGGUCUCGACCUGAUAGUCAGCCUUAAUCCAACCCAUAGAGUUCAAGGCGUCUGGGAUUCACGAGAUGCUCUUCAGCUUAUUUCUUACUCAGAUAAGCAUGGGUACAAUGUAGCCUGGCAACUGGGAUACGAUACACAGGGACAUCAAGCAACUGGUGGUGAGGUUGGACGGGACAUUAUCAGACUGAGAAAAAUUCUUGACGGUUUUCAACGCUAUGCUACAACUCCACUCUUUGGACCAGAUCUUCCUGAUAUUUAUACUCUAAAGGAAUCGGCUUUCAUAAAAGAUAUAUUGGUACAAGCUGGUCCAGUACUAGGGGCAAUUGUGGUACAAAUGCCAUUUAAUAAUGAAAAUCCCGAACAAAAGAUCUCAAACAUCCUUUUCAACAUGGAAAGCCAUAUUUGGAGUAGAGAAAUACGUUAUGGGAGAAUGAUACCAAAGAAGCCAAUAUGGAUAGCUGAAAAAUACCCCAGUCAUGGUUCAAUAGAAGAUGCAAUCACUUUAGCUAAAUAUCUUGGGACAGCAGCACAAAUUGGUUGUCAAAUGGUUUUCAGGCAGGUUGGACCAGAAUCGCUCAAAAAUCCAACUCCUGAUUAUUGGUUUGCACUGCUUUAUAAAAAUCUUGUUGGCAGAGGAGUAUUUGAUGCAAAGGUUACUUCAGGAAACAAAUCAGAAAUAGUUUUGUUUUCACAUUGUUCACCGCCUAUCUCUCAAGAAAGAUCGAUAUUAGACACAGGUUUCAAUUACGAUAAAGGAUCAGUCACAGUAUUUGGUGUUAACGAAUCUCCUGAUACGGUCAAACUAACGUUAAAAGCAAGUAUGAAGGAUGAAAAAGCACAUAUCUACUUUCUUACUUUCGAGGACGAUCCAAAUGGAAAAACUGAGAAAACAUUUUUGAAUGGGCAGUUAUUGACUUCUUCUCCAUCAGGCGAUCUUCCUAUUAUUUCUCCUAAAAUUAAAAGGACAAUUAAAUAUGGAAUAACUGUGCCUCCCAGGUCAAUAUUUUUCAUAGUUUUACCAGACCUAAAAUCAAGAACUUGUACUUCAUCAAGCCCUUAUCUAAGUCCAGAUGUACAGUCUCUAUCCAAAAAACUGAUUCACGUUGUAGCUGAUGCUUUGGAAAAACCUUCAAAUGAUGUAAAAAGUGAGGAAGAAGAUCCACAAAAUGUUUAUGUAAAAUUCGCAAAAACUACUGGGAUGCAAAAUUUAGCCAUCACAGAUAAUAAACCUAGCCAAGUUCAAGAGGACUCAGAACCAGAUGUGCAGGUAAAAUAUAUAACUUUUAAUGAUAAUAGCUGGCUGAGUAAACUAACAGAAACUAUGGGUAAUUCUAAAGUCUAUGAACAAUCUGAUCAAAAUGCAAGCAAUGCAAAUAGUGAAGAUAAAUAUCCAACUCUUACUGCUGCAAUUACAGGUUCCGAUAAUCUUACUGCUAUUGCAUUACCUGAUUCUGAAUCAUCUAUUGUGUUACCUGAUCCUGAAUCUUCUAUUGUAUUACCUGAUCUUGAAUCAUCUAAUGAGAAAAGAAAAAAAAGAUCGGUACAUGAACAGCUUUCAAUUGACCCAGAUCAAUCAACAGGGAGCGGUAAAAAUAAUGUAGCUAGUCAAGAGGAUCUUGUCAAACAUCUUAACGAGUAUGCUUCUACUGUUUACAAAAAAUCUAAAGAUGAACCUAAUAAAGAAAUACAAAUAUCGAACAUACCUCCAUUAAUAUUCGAGACUUUAAAAAAAGUAAAAGUAACUUUUAAAAACUUAGAUAAAAAUUCCCCGAAACAUGCCACAGAUAACACAAAUACAAAUGGUUCACCGUUAAUUGAAAAAACUGAAGAAGAUUCGAAAGAUGCAACACCUUUAAAUGAUUAUCUUAUCAGUAAUGAUGGAUCUUUUGUCCCUGUAAUAUCAGACAGUGAAAAGGGUAUUGCAGAUCCUACAAUUUCAAAGAAUAAAGAACUUUACCAUUAUAAAGUAGAAACAUUAAGAAAUAACGAAAGAGCUCCUAUUGAUGUAAAUCAAAAAGAUAUACAAAAUUUGGAUGAAAACAAUUAUCAGGAGUCAAAUGAUGCUAAUGACAAAAAAAUAGAUCCAGUUAUCACCAACGAGCCUUUCCAAGGUAAGGAAGCUUAUCAAGGGCGCAUUGCUAAGCAGCAAGACUCGUAUGGAAAUCCCAUUGAAAUCACUGAUAAAUCUCAAGAAGGAAUUCAAGCAGAAUUGGAUGAAAAGUAUACUGACCAAGAAAAUAUUCCUUCCGAAAUUUUAACUUCAAACCAGGAAAAAUCAGGAGAAGCAGUUGAGCUGGGUGGUGAAAAAUUAAAGAUAGAUGAAUCUCCAUUCUCUCAGAACCAAGAAUCAAUAAGUGAAACAAAAGAAACUGGAACUAAUUAUAUUUUAAACAACAUGCCUGUAGUAACAGCCAUGAAUUUGAACAAUGUUGAAGAACCAGAAAAAAACAUUAUAUUACUGCCUAUCAAUUCAGUGGACCAAGCAGUUAGUCCAAAUUUGGUGGAUGAACAGGAUGGAACAGACGAACAACUUAGAGCUGGGACAGAUUAUGAUGAAAAAAAAUCAGAAAGUAAUCAUGAUACAAGUGAGAUGAAUGAUGGAGUUAGUCUAACAAAAUUCAAUAAAAAACAAGAUAACGAAUUGUUGAAUGGAGAAGAUGAACAAGAAAAGGUGAUUUCUAGAGUAGACGAUGCAGAAAAAGAAAACUUGCCAUCUAUAAAUGGGAUAAUAUCAGACGCAUUUUAUAAAAGCAAUGGAGGUGAGAAAAAAAUUAAAAAUGAAGAUUAUAUAGAUGGUGAUGAAUUAUUAUUAGUUAAAUCAAAAGAUUCUUUAACCAACACUAAACCAUUAGUAUAUAUUCCACAGCAGAGUUCUUCUGAAGAAUCUAAAUCUUCAUCUCUUCUACUGCCAAUGACAAUUGAACAACAAGGUCUUGGGGAUGGUCCUCCACUUCCUUCAUAUAAUGCUGAUACAGUCAAAGUAGUACAGAGAGCAAUCCCAUUAAAUGAAAAUAUGCCCAUAUUCAUGGUACCAAUUAUGGAGCCUGAAGAACAAUUACAAGAGAAUAAUGAGGAAGAAACCAAGGUUAAAAAUCCUGCUAAGAGCUCUAAAAUAAUUAUGAAUGGAGGAGAUAUUCCAGAUAUUACUAAUCCUGACAGCAUUAGUGACAGAGUUGGAAAAGAUGCAUCAAAUGAAGGUACCUUUUCACCAAGCUCAUCACAGGCAUCAGAAAAUACAAUGAAACUAACUGAUACGAAGGUUGAAUCUUUUGCAGAUGUGCCAUUAGAAAACACUGUAGAACGAAGUUAUGGUAAAACACUUCCUAUAAUAAAUAAUAACCAUAAUUUACUGUCAAGCUUACAAAACCAAAUCACUUUAGAAAAUAUAAAGAAAGAUAUUCAAGAAUUAGAGGCCAUUUCCAAUGAUUCUCAUGAAAAAAGAGCUGUUCCUAAAACUGAUGAAACAUAUUCAACAGAAGAAAUUUCUAUGCCAGUAUUAAUAAUGACUCCUCAAGGUGAAUUACAGCCAUUAGAAAAAAGUAUAUACACAUCUGAUAUGGGAAGCACUAUGUUACCACAAUUUGACACUUUGCCCUUAAAAAUGUCUGAGGUAACUGAUGAAAAACCUGAUUAUUCUCUACCCGAUGAAAAUAUUAAUGAAAAUUCUCCAGAUACAGGAGAGAGAGACGAGGGAAAGAUUGAUCAAUAUAAGCUCUUAGAAAAAUCAGUUCCCGUACAAGAAGUCAGCAAUAAUAAACCUGAUAUGGUUGAUAAAACAGAAAAAUCUAAAGCUGAUCUAGAGAAGGAAAGAAGAGAGAAGUUACUAUUAUUAAAAAAACAGAUUGCAGAAAUCAGAGAAAACUUUAGAGCUCAGGUAAGGGAAGAAGGUUUAAAAGCAGCGCUUCAGCGUAGGGAAGAGGAAAUGAGAAAUUACCUAAAUCAAGAAAAAGAAUUAAAGAAGAAACUGUUUGCAUAUCCAUUAGUAAAUCAUGAUCACAAUAUAUUAUCGAGACCUCGGCGCCUUUCAUAUUUUCCUGAAAGUGAUAUCUCAGGUGAAGAAGACUGUGAUUAUUUAGAUCAAAAAACAUAUAAAAGGAGGACUGAUUCGUACGGAGUACCAAUAAUUGAUGAUUAUGAAAAGUCUUAUCUAACCCAGCAAGUUAUCUCAGCACCACUCAGAAAUGCUGACAACAAUCAUAUAUUGUUUCCUCUUGAUCCUAAAACCCCACAGGCUCUUGUGUAUGAUGAUAAAAUAAUACCUGCAAAAUUUUUCGGAGUUUUAUCAAUGAAUGAAGAAUCUUCUGGAACUAAAUCUAAUAACAUUGCAAAUAGGCAAAUUCUAGAUUUACCUGUUGAAAACGCUUGUCAAAAAUGUCUGAUAAAACAAUAUGAUCCGCAUUCAAUUUUAAAAGAAAGUUAUAAUCCAAAAAUUUCAGAAGCUUCUUUCGAGACUUACUCAUUACCAAAAGACACUUAUAUAAAAUCCAAUAAUCAGCCAAAUUAUAUCCCGAUUGUUGUUCUAUCUACUCCGAUUAAAAACCACAGAAAAAGAAGGUCCAUUGAUGUUGAUAAUUUACGGAGUAGAAGAUUAUCAAAAAGAGAUAUAAAACAAGAAGCAGAUUUGAAAAAAAGGAGCAUAGAACAAAUACCUCCCUUUGAAAGGAAUACAUAUCUAGAUAGAUCAUAUGAUUACCUCAAUGAAAUUCCAAUUGAAACAGAUAAUCAUUUAAACAACAUUGAUUAUAUUCAUCCUAAUGACAUGACUAUCCACAAAAGUAAUGACAUUAGUGUAGAUAAAUUUCCAAAAGGAUUCCCAGAAUUCUUGCCAUUGAACAAUCUACCAACAGACUAUAUACAAUCAAGGCAAAAUUUAUUCCAGGAUCCUCCAAACUGGAGUGAUGUAAAGGUUACAAACGAUAUGGAACCAAGACAUUUUCUAGAACCUCUUCAUCCACCUUCACUUGUACACCCACCUUCAGUUGUACAUCCAAUUAUACCAGAAGAACAUUCACAGGAAAAAGAUUCUCCAAAAUUUUAUUUCUGGUCUUUAAUGCAUAACAAAUUCAAAUCAGUGCUUGAAAUGUUAAAAAGCCUUGCUGAAUGGUGUUCCAGUUCCUCAAGAAAAUGAAAACGAAUAGCAGUAGAAAAAUUGUUUUAAACACUAAACUUUUCAAAUGUUAGUGUGGUGAUUAACUAUUUUUAGUUAUUAUUAAAUUAUUUAUUUAUUAUAAGUUAUUUUAGUAAUUUAUUUAUGUAUUUAUUAUUAUUAUUUAAUGUUAUUUAUAUGUGCAUUGUAUUAUUUAUUAUUGCUACUUUAAAUAUUUGGAAAAAUAAAUAAAUUUUAUUUCUAAUCAUACUUUAAUGAAAUCAGAAAUGUUACAUUACAAUUUAAUGCAAAUGUGGAGUAAUUGUCAUCUUCUAAAAUCUAAAUAAUAUAUAUAUAUGUAUUUUAUAAAUAAAAUAUUGUUUAGUUUAAAUGUUACAGGUUUCAUUCCCUAAUACACAUUGUAAUAUGAAUAAGAUUUAUUAAACUUGAUGGAUAAUUCUCAUUCAAUCAUCAAAGAAGAAAUGGUAUAUAAGAAUUAGAGUGAACAAAAUCUUUUUGAAGAUUGAUAUACAAUAUAGAACCAUUAUUUGUUAUAAGUUAUAAACUACUAAUUGCAUAAUACAUAUUUUUUAAAUUAAACAUUCUAAUUUUAAAUCUUCUUAUUUUUCUUUUUUUAUUAGGAAGCUUACGUUUAUAAUUUUUUCAUAUUUUAGGCAAUAAAACUUCCAAUUUUCUUCAUAUUUUUUUAUUUGUGCUUGUUGUCUCUUACGUUUCAGGACGAUUCUCCUAUCAUCAGAGCAAUACUUUUAUUUUUACUGAAAUUAUGCACAUUUUCUAUAUUAAUUUUUAUUUAACAAUAUCAUUCCAAUUUAUCUAUUUUACAAUUAUUUACCAUUCAUUUUUUUUUAUGUAAUUUUAAAAUGAUCUUUACUAAAGUUUCAAAUCUGAAUUAAC